UGCUCGAUAGUUGUCGAUGGUCUGAACUGUAUAUUCUUACAAAGCGCAUGUUAUGAAUUACUUCGAUCACCGAUCGCCGCUUUGUGAAAUUAUUGUGAUUGUACUUAUUGCCCGCUGCAGCCGUUCCAAAUUUUCAGUGCUACAUUGAACAAAAGAACACAAGUCACAUAGUGAAUACUUACUCACAAAAUGUCAGAAUCUAAGAUAAACGAGCUUAAAGGCGACAUCGAUGAGCUUAAUCUAUUACUUAAACAAGCUAAACGAAAGCGAGUUCAAGAUCUCUUGUCUGUUGAAGUAAGGAAAUUAGAAACCGAAUGGAUCAGUUUAAGAGACAGUGCAUCUUCGGCUACUCCCAUGGAUGUUAGUCCGAUACCUACAACAUCUACAGUUCAGGAAAAACGAUACCAGGUUAAACUAAAUGGGUAUGGUUGGGAUCAAUCGGACAAAUACAUUAAGGUAUUUGUUACUCUUAAAAAUGUACACAACUUGCCAAAGGAACAGGUUUAUUGUAAGCUGACAGAUAAAUCAAUGGAACUUAUAGUUGAAAAUUUGGAUAACAAGGAUAGGUAUACCUUGGUCAUAAACAAGUUGCUUGAACCUAUCAACGUUGGAGAGAGUCACUGGAAGCAAAAGACAGACAUGGUUGUUAUUUUCUUGGCGAAACAGAAUCCAAUGAGCAAAUGGUCGCAUAUGACUGAGAUUGAAAGAAAGUUUGAAGAUCAGAGAUCCAACCGUUUCAAGAAUGAUGACCUUGACAAAAAAGACCCCCAGGAGUCUAUUAUGAGUCUUAUGAAGAACAUGUAUGAAACUGGUGAUGAUGAAAUGAAAAGAAUGAUCUCCAAGGCGUGGUAUGAGGGACAACAAAAGAAAAAGGACUCAACCAUAGAUCUAUAAUUUUUUAUUUAAAUUAGAUUAAAUAUUUAUAAUUUUAAGUGUAAAAGUGUUUUUAGA